AUGCGAAGAUUGCUUUAUGCUCGACGGAGAGCUGGGGCUGAGACGCCCAAAGCAAUCAACAAUGGUGACCACCGCGAAAGCAGAGUUUCCAAGGCUGAGACAAGCGGUGAUGCUUCUGCAAAGGAGGAACUACCCCAAUGCGAACUAAACUGUUGGGUCAAAGAGGCAAUGCGCACUCCCUUGACAAUAGACACGAAGACGCCAACAUAUCUCGGCGACGAUGCGAAAAUUUCAAUUUCGACCGAGAACGCAAAGGCUUACCAGACUCUAACCGGUUGGCAGACGCGUUUGAUUGUCCUCCACCCAGGCGAUGCAGACUCGUCUAUCACCUGUGACCUGAUCGUCGUGAAUCUGAUUGACGGCCCAGGACUCGGAAUCGAUGGUACCGAUGAUACAGUGCUAUACGAUGCGCUUUCCUAUUCCUGGGGCCAACCUGCUCUUGUUUGCGAAAUCAUUUGCAACAAUCAAAGGUUUGGUGUCCCGAAAGAACUGGGCCAUGCCUUGAGCUAUCUUCGUGAUAAAUCUACCAGUCGAUAUAUAUGGUGUGAUGCUAUCUGUAUCAAUCAGCAAAGUCUGGCCGAAAAGUCAAGACAGGUGCAAAAUAUGCUCAGAAUUUUCGAGAAGGCUCACAAGGUAGUGGCAUGGAUUGGUCUGCCGGCGCCGGAAUCUGGACGUGCUCUUGCGGCCCUUGGUCUAAUGAGCGACUCUGCCCGUCGAAAUUCCACGAGCAACCAUAGGGAAAGCUGUCAAAUUGACCUCAAAACCAUCGCUACCGAUGUGUCCGCACACUUGGCGCGUGCGUGGUUCACGAGGACAUGGGUUCGGCAAGAAGUAUUUGCCGCUAAGAGGUUAUUCAUCCAAGCGGGCUCUAAUCAGCUGGACUUCGAAACCUUUGUUGGCGGCGCACAACUCCUACUACAGCAGAUGCCAGACACCCCCAAACGGUGGCCUACAACUUUGAGUGUCUAUCAGAACGAGUAUCAGCACUUUGGAAGCGACCGAGACAACUUUCAAUCACCCAACACCAGACGCCACUUUGUGGGACACUGGUUCGAUGUGUUGGAGAAAGGUCUACUAUUCCAAGUUACCGAGCCACAAGAUCGGAUUUACGGAGCUCUCGGUCUCCUCACAAGCCAAUCAAUCAAGUUCUUCGCGCAAGUCCCAGAGGAAUUGGAGACGCAAACCGCCAAAUUCCCUAUUGAUUAUAGCAAGUCUAUCAACCAGGUCCACCAAGACGUUGUCAAGUUUCUGAUCAACACGACAAAAAGCCUAGCAAUUCUGGAUGUCUUUCGACCUCGAAGUCCCAAACAUUUGUCGAAUGAUCAAACAGCCUCAUGGGAAAUAGACUUCCGGAGGAUUGAAACGAGGUAUCGUGUAAGUUUCUCGAUCGAGAUGGCUCGUGGUGACCCGGUGUUGCAGCAGGACUACGCCAAAUGCAACAAGCUGAACCUCCGAGGUCUGCAGGUGGCAAAGCAGAUUGUCGGGAUCGAUGCCAAGAAAGAUAUUUCCCAUCCCAAGGAUCGUUCCAAGCCGAUUUACGGAAGGUCGAUAUCGCUCAACGAAGUCAUGCGAGGAUCGCAGCGCCGAGGAACCAUGGGACUCUCUGUAUCGAUCGAAAAUCCACCGUAUGCUUUUGUGUUCUCAAAUGUGCAAUCCUCCGCGACAACGUUUGAGUUGAGACAUACGUUGGUCAGGCACGAAGAAAUGUCUGGGGAAUUUGCAGAAUACCUUGCGAGCGAUCAUUUUGUGUUCGCUUACGUUGAAGACUACACCGACGAGGAGUCUAAUCUCGAGAUAGCUCCCCUGCAUCUGCUGGUUCCUCGCUCUACUACCGUCGACGACCGAGUCGUCUCCUUUCAAGGCAGUAGGUGUCUGCACCUUAUAAGGCCAUCGGAUCAGAAUGCAUUGGAACAUAUUUACCUUGGACCUAUUGCUGCAGUGGUGAUUGGUCAAGAUCAGAUUCGCAGGUACGCCAUGAAGAAUGAAUUUUCGGUCAAGUCUGUCACAAAAGCCUGUGACACUGAGCUGUCGCGAAGCCAGAGUGUCUAUGAGCUUGCCUGA